ACACACAGUUGCACACACACAUAAAUAUGCACACGCAUUCACACUGUUGCACAAACCCACAUACAUGUCUAUCAGAAAUUAGUACAUGAAUCAAGCCAAAUUAUACAUUGCGCGAGACGACUGCCUAUAACCAAAACUGAAAAUGUUGACUCUUGUAUUCACUUUGUUAUUUCUAGCGUUAAUCAUCGCAGUACUCUUCAAAUUCGUCACUGCUGAUGGGGAUUUCACAUUGUUAUCAAAAGGGCAUGUAAAGCGCGAACAAGUGGAAGAUAAGGUUGUUUGGAUUACCGGGGCCAGUCGUGGAAUCGGGGAGGUCCUUGCCAAACAACUUGCCACUUUAGGGGCCAAGCUCAUUAUUUCUGCUCGAAAUGAAGCUGAAUUGGAGCGAGUCAGGACACAGCUAACUGGUAAACAUGCACCGGACGAGGUGAUGGUUUUGCCUUUGGAUUUGACGUCGGGAGAAGAUUCUCUCAGUGAGGCUGUACAGAAAGCUGAAUCCUUUUUUGCAGGUUCCGGGGUGGAUUAUAUGAUCCAUAAUGCAGCCUUUGAGCGCCCUAAAGCAACAGCAUUGGAUGUGACUGAGGAAAGUCUCAAGGCUACAUUUGAUGUAAAUGUUUUUGGGACGAUCUCUCUCACAAGGCUACUGGCACCUUUCAUGAUAAGGCGGGGGAGGGGUCACUUUGUUGUGAUGAGUAGUGCCGCAGGAAAGUCACCUGCACCAGGUCAGGCCGUAUACUCUGCUUCUAAAUAUGCCCUAAAUGGGUACUUCCAUACCUUGCGUUCCGAGCUCUGUCGAAAAGGAAUUAAAGUGACUGUUGUCUGUCCUGGGCCAAUAAAAACUACAGAUGGUGUGGGAGAAAACACCUCUGGACAAAAGGGUAUUUCUGAGAAGCGCGUGUCAUCAGAGAGGUGCGCGGAGCUAACCAUUAUUGCUGCAACCCAUGGUCUAAAGGAAGUUUGGAUAUCGUAUCAGCCUGUACUAGCUGUUAUGUACUUGGUGCAGUACAUGCCAACCGCUGGCUAUUGGCUUAUGGACAAGGUUGGUGAAAAACGAAUUGAAGUUGCUGCACAGAAGGGCAACACUUACUCAUUGAGUUUGCUCUUUGGCAGAAAAAAAGCACAGUGAAUAUUCCAAUGAUUAAAAGCACAGUGAAUAUUCCAAUGAUUCAAAUCAAGUCAAUAGUUCGUGCGCGGGAAUUCAUCAUCAAGAAUAUUCAAGCUGAAAAGUUUCGAUCAUAUUAUAGUUCUUUUUAUGAUUACAUUCUAUUUCUGUUAGCAACAUUGAGAAAGCAGUUUUUUCCAUCUACAUUUGUAAAAGCUUCUCUCUCUCUCUCUCUCACACACACGCACACGCACAUGCACAUGCACGCACUCAUGUGCGCGUUGUGGUAAUUUCUGCACAUGUUGCACAUAUACUUGAAGAUUUUUGGUUGACUAGUAAUGCAUCAAGAAUCCCGUCUUGGUUUAGUUGGUUAA